GCCUUUCCCAUCAAAUUGGCCAUCUACCGAGUCAUCUCACAGCUACAGUAACAUGGAGGAACAGCGGCCAAGGUUCUUUACAGUGCUACCUUCCAGCAGCCCCACGCACAUGACCGUGGUGAACGGAUACUCGCGCAACAAAGCCCCCGUGAUGUCCGACAUAGCCAAUUCCCGCGCGGUGAAGCGGCGAUCUGGCCUGGACUCGUUGUCCAAGGAAGUGCUUGCAAAAAUGGCCUACAGACGACUUCGAGCCAAGCGACGCCUUGUGAUCGCGUUGCCGUCAGCGCUCAAGAAUAAUCAACCGUCCAGCGCCGCCCUAGAUAUGACCAACGAGAUGAUCAGCAAUAACUCAUCGACGACUCAAACCAUGACGUUGUCCCUGCCCGUGAACGAAAGGCGCAAACACUCGGAUUUACUCGACCUGCUCAUGAAACCUGUAAUGCAAGUCAGUGCGAUCGAUCGACCGCAAGCCAUCCCCAUGCCCCCCAUAUUGCUCCCCCAGUCCUUCCUAGACGAUAAUCCAACCCCCAAAGAGAUGAUGCAUGCUGGACUUCUCCUCGAUCCGACUACAGUGCCGCUCCCGUCCCUGCCUAGCAUAGACAGCCCCGCUACUGCCAUGCAGUUCCCAUCCUACGCCGCCGCGGCAGACGUCGAGGAAAUGACCAAAGCCCCACCCAAAGUCUCAGUGCACAGCCACCAAAAACGUCAUCAGGCCAACGGAGCCACUCCAGGGGGAACUGCAGGAGGAGGACGGGACGACGCGGGGGGAAGUGCGGCGGCGGCGGCUGCUGCCGACAUGGAAGAGAUCGACAGGAAGCGCGCGGAGAUGCAAUUGGCCCCCCUGAAUGGCGGCGCGACCGACGAGCAGUUUGAAGUGAAACUGCUCAAGAAAAUUGUGAACCGGUCGCGGGUGAUGAAAAAGUACAUGAACCCCAACGCGUUGACUAGGGAAAUGAUGACCGACAUUCCACGCGACUCGUUGUUCAACGUGAUGGAAAACCCAUCGGACAUUCGGACUGGCGGCGUGGACGGGAUGGACAUGCCGCGCACGCCGCCGCCACUGGGGUCGCUGCACCACCAGAAUCGGCCACGCAACGUGUUGAUGACAGGAACGGAGGACGCCGCCGCCGCCACCAACUUGAACCAUUCCGUACGCGCGUCGCAUCGCAAUACCAUUUCGCUCGAGGCGCGCCACAAAGACGUGCACAAUUUGGGCGACGACGACAAUGACGAGCAAUCGCCCGAAGACCGGCGCAAGAGCACCAACUUGUUUCAAAAGUUCUGCCACUACAUUGUGCACAAGCAGCGCACCAAGUACCAGCUGCGGACAAGCGUCAACAUCAUCAGCGAGAUCGACUGCCCCGAGGCCGGCGGCUUGGACGCGCUCAAGAAAAAGGCGCCGAUACCCCGCCGGCAGCAGGACCGCGACGCCGCCAAGUCGUUCUUAUCAGGCGUCGACGUGGUGCUGACGCUGGACGAAUUGUACGAAGAGGCUGUGGUCGCCGAGAAAGCGCGCAAUUGGCGGCGGGCGACCAUGCUGGCGUCUGCGUGCAUCAGCAUGGAGAAGGAGUGGACAGAACCCUUGCUGUUGCGUGCACGGCUGUGUCGACGCCUCGGGUUAUGGACGCAAGCCCUGAAAGAUCUGACGUCGGCGCUUCGACUGUGCCCCAACCACCAGCGUUUGCUGCUUCAACGAGCUCACGUGCACACGCAGAUGCAAGAGUUCCACUCGGCCAUUGUUGAUCUGUCGCAUGUGCUGAACCAGCAGCCCAAUUCUGCCGAGGCGCUGCUACUUCGAUCCAAAGUUUACGCCAAGCAAGGACACACCACGUUGGCGAUUAAAGACUUGACUGCCAUUACAAAAAACGACCCAAAGAACUGGCGGGCCUACUACGAGCGUGCGUACCUCCGACACAAACAGGUCGAAGGCAUGGGGGACGACAGCUCGAGCCUCCAGCCCCCCAUGUCCAAGGAAAACAAAGCCGACGCUGCUGACGCUGCGUCCCACACUGCCGUCACCAACAUUCCGUCGCUGAUUGGGCAAACGAUCGACGACUACAUGCAAGCAAUCCGAACGGGGUGCUACUUGAACGAUGUGAUUGAAACCGUCGGGGACCUGACGAUCCGCCUCGUCGAGUGGACACACGAUGCCAAGCACUGCUUGCAAGUCGUGGGUGGCCUCGCCGCCUUGAUCGCUCUCAUGGACGAGACGGAGGGCAAGCUCAAGGACCAGCGGCGGGCGGCAGCCAAGGCACAAUCAAUAACGUCGUCGCAUGACACGACCUUGUGGGAACUCGAAGAAGACCGACUCGCAAAGGUGAUCGCGUGUCUGCUUACCCAGCGCGGCCGGCUGUACAUUUUGAUCGGCCAACACACAAAGGCGUCGACAGACUUGGACCGAGCCGUGAUCAUGGACUACCAUUACGCGCCGGCCCAUUUUUACCGCGGCGCCGUCGCCAGCGUCCACGCAUGCGACGACGCGAGUCGCAAAGUGGUGAUCCACCAUCUGAACCGAUGCAUCCAUUUGGACCCGACCAUCACGGGCGCGUACAUCGUCCGGGGGGGUAUCUACUGCGCCGACCUUCGCUUCAACAACGCCCUGCAGGACUUCAAGGCGGCUGUGACCAUCGACCCGACCCUGGACGACAUUUGGAUCCAAAUCGCUAUUGUGUUCCUCACCCAUUACCACGACUGCGAUGCCAGUGCCAAAGCCUGUACCCGGGCACUCAAGAACGACUUGGGGCUGACGCAAGCCCUCCACCUGCGCGGCGAAGCGCUGGCACGCCAGGGCAACCUCAAAGCGGCGAUGCGGGACUUCGUGCGGCUGGUAGUGAUGCAGCCCACAGAUCGCUUUGCGCACUUGAUGAAAGGCAAGUUGCUGCUUCAGCUAGACCAUGCGCGGCCGGCGCUGUACGCGUACAAGCAGUUUAUGGAGAUGGACAGUGAACUCGAGACCAUGGACCGCAUCACGCGCGGCAAAGCUUACAAGGUCCUGUCACAACAUUCGCAGGCGGUGCAAGAGUUCAAACUCGCCGUGGACGCCAACCCAAGCCCUGAAAACCUGUGCUUGUUGUCCGAGUCGUUGCAUUCAAUGGGCGACACGGAAGCGUCUCUCCAUGUGAUCAACCUCGCGAUCGCAUCCGACCCGGGCUGUGCCAAGAGUUAUGUGCGGCGCGCGCAGUGCUAUAUUGGCAAUCACGCGUACAAGACUGCCAUUUUGGACUACGACCAUGCUCUCACAUUGGCCGACAAGUCGGAACUGUAUCGCAUGUACUACGAGCGUGCGUUGUGUCGGAGCCAGCUGCUCAGCAAGGCGUGGAACCAACUGUAUGCGAUGCAGCGUGGCGAGCGCGUGCCUUGUUAUUACGAAAACAACUUUCAGUCGGGCCAGCCGCUGCCUGUGACACUGUCCGCCACCGACAUGAACCCGACAUGCAUGACAGCGUUCAUCAAGCAAACGUACGUGGACACGGCCGCAGACUUUACCAAGUCCAUGAAAGCCAGCGAAGUCAUGAGCGAUCCGUACGUCGAGCGCGCGGCGCUGUACGCCCUCGGCGGAGAGUUCAAUCGCGCCUACGACGACCUCGCCACCGCCAUCAAAAUCGACCCGCACAACCUGAACGCGUAUAUCAGCGCAGGAGUGCUCAAGUGCAAAUUCUCCAUGUACACGGCUAGCAUCGAGUGCUUCGACAAGGCACUCAAGUUCCACCCCCACUGCGCGCUCGCCUACUACAACCGUGGCGUGGCGUACCAUAUUUUGAACGUGUGGGCGCAAGCCGACUCGGACUAUACCAAAUCCAUCGCCCUCGAUCCAACCAACAUGGACGCGCUGCGGAAUCGCGGCAUCGCGCGCUGCCAUCUCAUGAACUUCCAAGGCGCGGCCGAAGAUUUUGAAGACGUGCACAAGAACGCACCCGACGACAUGGAGCUACACAUGGGACUCGGCUACGUGUACUUGAAGUUGAGCCGGUUCACCGAAGCCAUCGCGUUGUUUAGGUCGUUGUCGAGCAAAAAUCCUGUGGCCAUCGACGCCUACUUGGACGCAGGCAACACGUUCUUUACCAUGGCCCUGUGCAUGACGGACUCGACCAACAUGACGGCGGCAGCGGCGUCGGCAGCGCUGGCCACCACCAACGCGCCGGCGCUGUCCAAGGCCGACACGAGCAAGUCGUUGCUGCAGCAGUCGCUGCACUGCUACCUCCGCGCCACACGUAUCAACCCAACCGAUGUCAACAUCCGACUCAACCUCGCCGCCUUGUUUCGGGCCAAAGGGGAUGAGUCCAACGCCUCGCGGCAAUACAGCGUUGUGAUGGCGCUGGACCCGACCAACCAGGACUUUCAUGACGAAAGGGCCAUGAUGCUGCUCGAAACCGGCCAAUUCGCACACGCGAUGGAGCAUAUGAAUGCUGCGGUCAACAUUUCCGUGGCUUUAAGUCCGAUCGUUGCAAUGGAGUACACAUUGCUCGUCAAGAACAAGGCCAUGGCGCUGCAUGAACUCCACCGCCGGCGCCAGCAGCUCACGCCGUCUGCCCCGCACCCAACGAAACGUGCCGAAGAAAAUGGCGGGCGGACGCGGCGCAUGUCUGUGGCGGCAGAGGUGCUAGCCGACAAAAAGUCGAUUCUCGGCAUCAAGAAGACCCUCUCGGUGCAUCUCGCCAAUCGCGGCAAAGUACACGAACUCAUGCUCGACGUCGACGCUGCCCGACUCGACUACUUGAACGCUGUGUACUUUGAUCCGUUGAAUUUUGACGUGUACUUUCAUUUGGGGACGCUGGCGGUCCACGACCGCAACCUGAACGACGCGAUUGAGUACUUUUCACAAGCCCUUGUGAUCAAUCCCAAGCUGGGCGUUGCCAGUGUCAACCUUGGCGUGGUUUACUUGCUGCUCCAGUCAUAUGAUUUGGCCUUGUACCACUUGGAUAUGGCGAGUACGUUGAUCCCCGACUGCGCGUUUGUAUGGGCGAACAAGGCGUGUGUGUAUUUAAAGCUGGACCGCGUCGACGACGCCGUGUGUAAUUUCUCGUAUGCGAUGAAGUGCAUGCCUACGUUUGCCCCGUUCUACGUGUACCGAGGCCGGUUGCUGUCGUCCCAAAAGCACUUGCACGAUGCCAUGGUCGAUUUUGCAGCCGCCCUGAAAAUGGGCUAUACGGGCGAGUUGUAGCUUGUCAUAGUACCAGCAUGUAUAAUGAGUUGUCUACUAUGACAAAUAGUAAAACUAGUA